UGUGUUGUGUUUAGAUGAAGACGGUUUUAGGUGGGCAGAACAGUUGCGUCUUACAGUAAAAAGCGAAUCAAUCCUGCACUUUAGUGGCAUCUUCGUAUUGCUAUUGUGAUUAAGGGAUGGAGGAUGGCUUCUCCCAUCUUCAGAUGUGUGUCCUGUGAACCUUUAAAUGACUGAAGGCUAUAAACUCACGAUUAUCAAUAAGUGCAAUCAUAAUGUCUUCUAUGAUCAGUAUGGCAGCACUUCAAAACGCCUACCUUUUCAGUGACCAUCAUACAAAACUGUGAGCUAAAGGACAAUAAGCUCACAAAUUGUAGUGCCAAGAAAAUAACACCCACUCAGAAAGCAAACUCUUGCAAAUGUUUUCAAAUGAAUUAACUUGAAAACAUCCAAAAAGAAAAUCAUGCCUGACCUAAAAAACAGUAAAACAAGAAAAGAAAAAUCCAUUCACUCUUACAGUGACUUAAUUUAUUUUUACCUUCCCUUCUAAUUAGAGCCAGACCCUAUCCUAACCCUAUCCAUUUGCAUACAGUCACAUGCUGCCAUGACUCAACCCAAUGUUACUGUACUCUUGGCCAAUAUCUCUGGAGGAUCUGAAUUGGGUAAUCUGUACCGUCCAUUUUCUGUGUUCAGUGUUCUUACACUCACUUUGCUGGCCAUGCUUGUGGUGGCCACCUUUGUAUGGAACCUUCUGGUUUUGGUGACCAUCCUGAGGGUGCGCACAUUCCAUCGUGUUCCCCACAAUCUGGUUGCCUCCAUGGCCAUCUCGGAUGUGAUGGUUGCAGGACUGGUUAUGCCCCUAAGUCUGGUUAGGGAGCUUUGUGGACAGCGGUGGAUUCUGGGUCGGGCCCUGUGUCAGGUCUGGAUCUCCUGCGAUGUACUCUGUUGCACAGCCAGUAUCUGGAAUGUGACGGCCAUUGCCCUAGAUCGUUACUGGUCCAUAACACGCCACCUGGAGUACACAUUAAAAACACGCAAACGAAUCUCCAAUGUGAUGAUUUGCCUCACAUGGCUACUCUCCUCUGUUAUCUCGCUUUCUCCGCUUUUUGGUUGGGGUGAGACCUACUCAGAAGUCAGCUUGGCUUGUCAAGUAAGCCAGGAGCCCUCAUACACAGUCUUCUCCACUUUUGGAGCUUUUUACCUGCCCCUCUGUGUGGUCCUCUUUGUCUACUGGAAGAUCUACAAGGCUGCCAAGUUCCGCAUUGGCUCUCGUAAGACCAACACCAUCACACCCAUGGCUGAAGUCAUAGAGGUAAAAAAAUAA